UCGCAAAACCUUCACGACUUGCAUUCAAGUUUGUACGCAGUCUAAUGCAUUGAGAUCUUUGUAAUUAAAGACAGGAGGGAAAUGGACGUAAUUACGGAAAACAUUUCCUGAUCGGCACCACCAUUUUUUUCCCUCCCUGUCAGGAGAAAUAGACGGACUCCGAGAAAGCUGGCGAGAGUUUAGCGUGUAAGGCUAAGGGCACAAAGGCGGAUGUAAGAGCUGCGUGUCUGUCUCACGGAUGUGGGUAACAUCUCGGCGCUUUCAGCCCGCUGGUGCAUGCAGUGUCCGCCUUAGACAUGAACCCGGAGGAGCAAACUGUUACUUGGCUCAUUUCCUUAGGAGUUCUGAACUCUCCGAAGAAGAACAUCGCAGAUCCGGAGGAGUUUCUUAAAACAUCUCUCAAAGAUGGAGUUGUGCUCUGUAAGCUCAUGGACAGGCUUCUACCGGGCUCGAUCCAGAAGUAUUGCCAGGAGCCGAGAAAUGAAGCGGACUGCAUUGCAAAUAUACGCGAAUUCCUGAAAGGAUGCGCUUCUCUGAAGAUAGAGGGUUUUGAGCCAGAGAACCUGUACACUGGUGAGAACUUCAGCCAGAUCCUGUCGACCCUCCUGGCUGUAAAUUACGCUACUCAAGACCUCGUUGUGGAGAGACCAUGCCCUCGUACGACCUGCCCCGCCGCUAGCCAGUCAUCCUCGUCCCUGUCUGCACUCAAGUCCACCAAGAGUCAGCGCAGACCCUCCAAGGCCGCGGACAUGGCUGAGAACAGCGGCGGCGCCACCCAGCUGGUGGUGAAGGCCCGCUUCAACUUCAAGCAGAACAACGAGGACGAGCUCUCCUUCAACAAGGGCGAGCUGAUCAACGUCACUCGGCAGGAGGAGGGUGGCUGGUGGGAGGGAACGCUCAAUGGCAAGACGGGCUGGUUCCCCAGCAACUACGUGCGGGAGGUCAAGCCGUCGGAGAAGCCCAUGUCCCCGAAGGCAGCCAAAGGCUUUGACCUGCCUCAGUUAACGAAGAACUACUACGGAGUGGUGGUGCAGGACAUCCUGGAGCAUGAACGUGGGUUUGUGAAAGACCUGCAGAACAUGCUUGGCUGCUACCUGCGCCCUCUGCUGACCAGUGAAAAGCUGUCCAGCGCAGACAGUGCCGCCCUGCUGGGGAACCUGGAGGACAUUCUCAGCUUUCAGCAGGGCUUCUGCGUGGCUCUGGAAGAGUGUGCAAAGAUGCCUGAGGCCCAGCAGCGUCUGGGGGGGUGCUACCUAAACCUGAUGUGCCAGAUUAAGCCUCUCUACCUGAACUACUGUUCCGGCCACCCCGCUGCCGUCUCCGUGCUCACCGACCACAGUGAGGAGCUCGACCGGUUCAUGGAGAGCCAGGGUGCCAGCAGCCCAGGCAUCCUCAUGCUGACCACAGGCUUGAGCAAGCCCUUCAUGAGGCUCGAGAAGUACGCCACCUUGCUGCAGGAGCUGGAAAGGCACGUGGAGGAGGCCCAUCCGGACUACAGCGACAUUCUGAAAGCCACCACGGCCUUCAAGAACCUUGUGGCACAGUGUCAGGAUCUGCGCAAGCGUAAGAACCUGGAGCGACAGAUCCUGUCGGAGGCCGUGCGCGGCUGGGAGGGGGAGGCCAUGCUCGGGCUGGGUCCCGUGCUCUACAUGUCCCAAGUUCACAUGCAGAGCGGGUCAGGCGAGGACCGAGAUGAGCGCUACUUGAUGCUGUUCCAAGGGCUCCUGAUCAUGCUGUCCAGCAGUUCCCGAAUGAGUGGCUUCAUCUACCAGGGAAGGUUACCACUGACUGCUUCAACUGUGAUCAAGCCAGUAGAAGACUCCGAAAAUGGCCAUCAUGCCUUCGAAGUGACAGGCAGCUCCGGUGAGCGGAUAACGUUUCUCUGCAGUAGCCAUCAGGAUUAUCAGGAAUGGCUUGAGCACCUGACCAAGGGAGGGAGUCCAGUGGGUACUGUCUGUAAGGACGGCCGGUCUGCUCACGGCGCCACAGCGCACCCGGCCUCCCCCCACGGCUUCGGCUCACCCCUCAGUAGCCGCGGACCCCUCGAGCCCCCGAAAAUCGCCAAGCCCUGGUCCCUGAGCUGCUUACGGCCUGCACCCCCACUGAAGCCGUCUGCCGCGCUGAGUUACAAGGAAAGGAUGUCUUAUAUCCUGAAGGACUCCAGCAAAAGCCCCAGACCCAUUACGAAGUUUCUCCAGAAGAGAAAAACUGAGAGAAAACCAUCAGAUGAUGAAUUCCUGUUGAGGAAAAGUACCGCGGCUCUGGAGGAGGACGCACAGAUCCUGAAGGUCAUCGAGGCGUACUGCACAGGGGCCGGCUUCCACCAGGCCACCACCGGUGCUCGGAGGGAGUGCGUCCCUCAGGUGCUCCUGCCUGAGGAGGAGAAGAUCAUCGUGGAGGAGUUGAGGAGCAACGGACAGAUGACGGUGGAGGAGAAGAGUCUCGUUGAUGCCGUUUACGCAUUAAAGGAUGAGGUCCUUGAAUUAAAGAAGGAGAAUAAACAGAUGAAGCAGUAUCUGGAAGAGGAGCAAAAGUCACGUAGAGAGCUGGAGAGGAUGGUCAGGAAGCUAGCGAAACAAAAGAACGACUCUGCGUGGGAGGACGGCGGCCAUUAAGCGUCGAGCUCCAGGUUUCUGAAAACCGCCGGCGGCUUCCCUGCGGCGCCAACAUGUCAGCCGCUGACGGACCCUUCAGGACAACCUGGACAGAAACACAUUUCACAUGGACCGUUUCUGUUCCUUAAGCAAUUAAUUAGAGAUCGCAUGAGAUGAGAGCUAGGGAUUAAUUGGGCAGUGGUGACAAUUUGUGAGAGAUGACAGAAAGGUAGACGCCACCAGAAAUGUAAGGAAACGUGCCGUGAGAUGGCAGGACCACCUGCACAUGUUAUCUCAAUGAAGUGAAGUGAUUGUUUUUCGAUGGACACUGUUUUUGGGUUUUCUGGAAUGUCCUAAGUAUCAUGAGCUACUCUCUACAAAGGAGAACAUUGAGGCAGAGUAAUUGGAAAUGAAAAGUGGCCUCAUGAGCUGGUCUGUAAUACCAUGAAAACUGUGAAUGGCCUGUCAGACUACUCAGUUUUAAAGUACACAUGAAACAAGAAGUCAUCUGAGACUCCCGGUCCUCUUGGCGUGUGUUCAGUAUUUUGUUACUAGAUGACUAAUUUGGUUGAUCUUGGAUGUGGUGAGAAAGUGUACGAAUUGUAUUACUAUUUUAUUUUUGUAAACCAAGCGUGCAUUUCAGACGUACAGCUACGCUUCAGCUGUAUUGCAAAACUGUUUGCUAAGGCUGUAGAUUUUAACGUGUUUUCAAUUUUCACGUUUCUUUUAUUCCGUGCGGCUCCCAUAGUCCUGACACAUAUUAGUAAGGACACAGUAUUUCAUGUUUGUGCAUCGAGGAAAUCGGUCUGAAAUAAUAGCAAUGAAAUAAUUUACAUGUCACUGUUUAUAUUCAGUGAAUAUCUGAACUGUUGCCCCAUGCCCUUCUUAUUAGACGUAUGAUCUGAGUAAUUCAUUUUUUAAUAUCUUAUAUAUUACAUUUAUAGACACUGGCAAAUGUACUUUCAUAUGCAAAAUGAUUCAUACUCUGAGGGGAAAUAUAUAAUUAUAUUGCUUAUUUAUUUUUCAUUAAAAUAUUACAAAGUGUAUAUUUCGUACUGGAAGAAACUCUUCAGUUGAAGGUUUUUGGCCUGUGUGAAUUCCUGUCCGUAAUCUUUCGUUUGAUGUUUAUUUGCGCAGACAUUCAGAAUAUGCACUUUAUCAAGCAAUUUAUCAAGCAUUCGCACCAGUGAAAUUAAGGUAAAGGAAUUAGAACAUCAAUGGCAUUUUGGAACUAAAGAUGAACAUUUUAUUUUGUGUUUUUUUUCCUUAUGUAUUUGGUAGAACAAACUGGUGGUUUGUGUUUUUUGUUUUCUUUUCUUUUGUUUUUGUUUUUACCUGAUCACAGAAAGCUUCACAAAUCAGACCUAAACACUGAAUUCAAGGGUCCAGCCAGGGGUCCUUUCUGUGGUCAAAUACAGGACAGAUGUUGAGCAGCUGUACCAACCACAGAGCGAUGUCAUUGUAUUUAGGAAAUGGGCGGGCAGUUAACCUUUGACCUGAGAAGGCGUGGUCCAUUCUCGCACAAGUACGGGUUCGACGCAUGCUGUGAAAAGUAACCAAAAACCAUCCCCGCUGUGAAUCUCUUUAGGUUGCAAGAAAAGCUGAAAUUGCUAUGAUUUAGCGCAAUAAAUUGGUUACAUUGAUUUUUCUGUUGAUUUGGUAUGUGGUUAUUUGCGGGACAAAAACAGCAUUGUGUGUGGAGGCCCCAGAUAUACAGUUGCUGAUGUCACUCUGAUGAACCUUUAAGGCACCAGUCCCAAAGUAAGGAUGCAGCCCUUUGAGAAUCGGCCUGUAUGCUGUAACGAUAUUAACUCUUCCACUCUGCUUAAAUGGAAUUUCUGAGUUUUCCUCUCAAGCUUGGAUUGACGGCAAAUGUAUGACUCACUGAUGUAUAUUUAAUCUAUUAUACCUUUCAAUAGCCAUCAUUACAUUUGUAAUAAAAGUAAAGCAUUGCUUGCAAA